CUACUUUGCAAGAAUGACUUGAAGAGAUACGAUCCAUCAGUAAAUGAGUGGGAACUGCUUCGACCCAUGCUGAAAGAAAGAGCAUUACACAUGAUGCAGGUGUUAGGAAAUGCUGUGUUUGUUAUCGGCGGGCGUGACAGUACUGGAGCACCAUGCCUCAAUAUUGAUAUUUACCUCCCAGCUACUGAUUCAUGGAGUUCGGUUCAAAUCAUGCUGCCCGUCGAGAAGAUGUGGUUUGGUUGCAGUGUGCAUAACAAUAAGAUCUACUUGUGCGGUGGUUUGGAUGGCAAGGAGGGGUGCGUGGCAUCGAGUAUGAUGUUCGAACAUAACCGACAUGUACAGUGCUAUGACUCUACUACAGAGAGCUGGCAGAACGUGGCCGACAUCGAGAAUCUUCUCAUCCCCCUUUGUUGCUCUAUCAGAAUUCCAAAAUGGAGAACCACUACAGGUGUACAGGGAUUCCAGCUUACCAGUAACUUGACUCUUGACAUCCCCACAUCGGUUGCCAGUAACAACAGCCAUGGCUGUGAUUCAGUGAUCAGCGAGAUGAGCGAAAAGAAAGAACAGGAUUAUGGGGAUAAAUUUUUAGCAGGGUUGAUGCAACUGUACUGCAGUAACGACCUGAGUGAUGUUGUCAUCUUUAUCAAUAAUCAACGAUUCCCAGCUCACCGAGCCAUUCUCGCUACUUGCAGCGACUACUUCAGGGCCAUGUUCACCGGUGGGAUGAAAGAAAGUGUAGACAAUGAGCAAGAAGUUGAGUUGCAUGAUAUGAGCAUGGAAGGGCUGAAAGCAGUGUUAGAAUUUAUGUAUACCGGCAAGACGACCUUGAACCACAGAAAUUCUGAUACCAUUCUGGCUGUAGCAAACUACUUGCAAGUUCAGCCACUAGUGUGUCUGUGUAUAUCCUUCUUAGUAGAUGAGCUCGUAGAGGAGAACAUGAUGGAGGUGGUUGCCUUGACGACUGCCUAUGGACUCCUGGAGAAAUUCACAAGAUAUGAGAAAGUUAUCGAUAUGUUUGUUGCCAUGGUGACAAGACAAGAUGCUCUUCUAGAGCUGAGUGAUCUGACAGCCGAGCAACUGAUGGCCUUUCUGCAGAGUAAGUGGAUGGAGACACAUUCCCCAUUGCAAAGAUUCAAAGUCUUGGUUAGCUGGCUGGAACGACAAAAUGUUACAGUAAAAGAAGAUGUUAUCAACCGAGCUAUCAACUAUAUGCCACUUAAUGAGAUGAGUGUUGAUGACUUACUGACCCAUGUGAAACCGGUACAAUCUUUGGAUACAGAACAUUGUCAGCAGCUCAUCAUAGAUGCAUUAGUCCAUCAUACCUCAGACACUCCAGUGGUUGUGUCCAGUGACCACUCUUAUUCAGUGGAGACGGAACAAGUUAUUGUUGCUAUAGGAGGAUUUGAAACUACCAAUGAAGGAAAGACUAUCAAAAAUUACAUCUGUUAUUAUGACUGUCACACCAAUCACUGGCAUAAACUGUCAGAUAUGCCUAUUGAGAGAUUGGCUUACGGCGCCGUUCUACUUAAUAAUCAUAUAUAUAUUGUGGGUGGUGAGAACUAUCACUGUUCUGAUAUUGACCCGAGUGGUUGUCAGUUCUCAACUCGUACUGUAUAUUGCUUUGAUCUUCAGUUGAAACAGUGGCGUAAUGUUGCUUCUAUGCUGGAGAGCAGAACUGAUUUCUGCGUAGUCACCCUGCACGGUUAUAUAUAUGCUAUUGGCGGCCGCAAUAGCCGACACCCGACGGGAAUAAAUUCAGUAGAGCGAUAUGAUCCCUCAACUAAUUCCUGGAGUUACGUCGCCCCAUUAGUACGAGCACUAUUUGCUUCAGCUGGAGCUGUGUAUAAAGAUCAGAUUUAUAUCUCCGGUGGAUGCUUCUAUACAGAUCGCUUGAUUUAUACGAAUGCACUUCUUUACUAUAAUCCUAAAACGAACCAAUGGGGUGAAGCAUCUGCAAUGUCGGCCGCAUUUCCAAUAGCAUGGCACAGUAUGACAUCUGCUGGCGACAAGUUGUACGUUCUUGGUGGGCAACAGGUAGAAUUGGAAGAAAUGGAUACCAAAUGCUCGUACAGUUUAAAAUGCUACGAUCCAAAACUCGACCGAUGGUCGAAAUGCAAGGAUAUGCCUUCUCACGGAUCAAAAGACGCAUCGUGCAUAAUAAACGCAUACAGAAGUGUUUACAAAGAUGGAAAGCUCUACUGUAUAGAUGGAGAGCUCACUGAAAGUACAUUCAUAGUACAGAAACAUGUACAUUGUUACGACAUUGCUCAAGAUGCCUGGAGUGAUGGACCGUGCCUGCCUCAGGAUGGUUUCCAAUCAUUGGUGAUUGCCAACCUGUCAACGUAUAUGAUCAAACACGAACUGACGAAAACCAAAACCAAUCGAUAUCAAUCAUGUGAUGCAAACAAGACGGUUGAACUCUACGAGUUAUCAACAUCCUACCUCAGUAUAUUGGUUCACAUCCUAUACAACGGGAGGCUACCAGUUGGUUACCAUGGCAAUGGUUUGGAUGAUUUGUUAGAAGCUGCAGAAAAGCUGGGACUACAAGCUGCAGUAGAUGUAUUAAAGGCACACUGUAGCCAAAAUGAUAUGGCUGUAUAG